ACGGUCGGUGUACUUGGGUGUACUCUGGUGUACUCGCUGUGACUCGAUUUCGAGUGAUGUCGAUGAGGAGCGGAUUUUUCCAAGAGUUCUCCUAGAAACGAGAUACUCUUCGCGUCGUGGUCGUUCUGGAAACGGGAAAAGUGACGUAUUUUCCACAAAAGCUGGCCAGUGCGCCGUCGCCCAUCACGUAAAUGACGUAAAUGACCGUUAUUUACGAUCUGUUGUGUUGGUGAAAUGCUGCAUCGACUUCCUGUGCAUGGCGAAGGACCGUGAGCGUCGUCCGUCGUCGAGUUCUUUAGUCAAACGAGUCAAACAGUGGUGUGUCCGGUUUUGUGUUUUUCCCCCGUUUAUUUGAUCCCGUUUCCGCAAAAUUAGUAUCAACGGGUGCAUCAUCCUGCAUAAAGACACUUGUGCGGUCCACCCGCUUAAAAAAUGAUCAACAUGGAGACGGACACCAAACACGAGGACUCAAGCAAUUUGCAGAAUACGAUGACAAUAUUAAACGACACGACGCGGAAGAAAGAACUGCCAAUAGGUGCUUCCUUUCAGUUUGGCCAAGAGAGAGAAGCUUGUAUGAAGUUGUUUGAAAGAUGGAGCGAACCAGAACAAGUGCACUUUGUGGAACAACUUUUAGCGAGAAUGUGCCACUACCAGCAUGGACACAUCAAUGCCUACCUAAAACCAAUGCUGCAAAGGGAUUUUAUAUCUCUCUUGCCGAAGAAAGGACUGGACCAUGUAGCAGAAAGCAUCUUAUCGUACCUAGACGCCGACUCACUAUGUUCCGCAGAACUCGUUUGCAAAGAAUGGUACCGAGUGAUAAGCGAAGGUAUGCUCUGGAAAAAAUUAAUCGAACGCAAAGUUCGGACAGACUCCGUUUGGAGAGGACUGGCAGAAAGGAGAGGAUGGAUACAGUAUUUGUUCAAGCCGAGGCCAGGUGAGAGUCAUCCAAACCACGCCUUUUACAGAACUCUUUUUCCAAAAAUCGUCAAGGACAUAGAUAGUAUAGACAACAACUGGAGAAUGGGUCGACACAAUCUUCAGAGAAUAAAUUGCCGUAGUGAGAAUUCCAAGGGAGUAUAUUGUUUGCAAUACGACGACCAGAAGAUAGUCUCUGGUCUUAGGGACAAUACUAUUAAAAUUUGGGACAGAAAUACCUUACAAUGCAUUAAGGUGCUCACCGGACACACAGGGUCAGUUCUGUGCCUUCAAUACGAUGACAAGGCCAUCAUAUCUGGAUCUUCGGAUAGCACCGUCAGAGUUUGGGACGCCAACACUGGAGAAAUGGUCAAUACGCUCAUACAUCACUGUGAAGCGGUACUUCAUCUCAGAUUCAAUAACGGAAUGAUGGUCACAUGUUCAAAGGAUCGUUCAAUAGCAGUUUGGGAUAUGACAUCGCAGACGGAAAUUGCAUUGCGACGCGUUCUGGUGGGCCAUCGGGCAGCUGUGAAUGUUGUUGAUUUUGAUGAAAAGUACAUAGUGUCGGCUAGUGGUGACAGAACAAUCAAAGUGUGGAAUACGUCCACUUGUGAAUUCGUGCGAACGCUAAUCGGUCAUAAGCGUGGUAUAGCGUGUUUACAAUACAGAGAUCGAUUAGUGGUUAGUGGUAGCAGCGAUAAUACAAUCAGACUCUGGGAUAUUGAAUGUGGUGCGUGCUUGCGCGUCCUAGAAGGUCAUGAAGAACUUGUCAGAUGUAUCAGGUUCGACAGCAAACACAUUGUCAGUGGAGCUUACGAUGGUAAAAUCAAAGUGUGGGAUUUGGUAGCUGCACUUGAUCCGAGAGCCGUAGCAAGCACCCUGUGUCUACGAACGCUAGUGGAGCACACUGGACGAGUUUUCCGGCUUCAGUUUGACGAGUUCCAGAUCGUGUCUUCGUCGCAUGACGACACGAUUCUCAUUUGGGAUUUCUUAAAUUAUAAUCAGGACAGUUCGUCGAACAGCGGUGCGACGGCACACAUUACAUCUGAUGCUGUUAACCUAUCGGACACCAGAUCUCCCUCUCCAUUUGAGUGACGUUUCAACACAAAGAUUCCUUCAUUGUGAUAUAACUACAAGUGGUUAGUGCGUGAAUCGAACAUGUUCACGGCUAUGUGCGCAGAGAACGAAGAACCAGUGUCCAAUGUGAGGAUCGUUUAAUCAGGCGCAUUUUCAUAUGAGAAAAAGAAGAGAAUCAUGGCCAAUGACUUUUAUUUCUUGCUUGCUGUGAAAGGCAGAAGAAAUGAUCUGGACUGUAAAAGAUUUCACAAAACCGUACUAUUUCGAGGGCAGGCAUGCCAAUAAAAAGGCCUGAUGAUGGACAGACAAUAUAGUGAAAGUACAUUAAGUACAUCCCAUGGAUGUAGACUGUUGUCAUUCGCUUUGGUCAUUAUUUACUGGAAUUCUUCUACGCUCUAUGACACGAUAGAAGCUGACCAUUUUCCUAUUACGAAAAAAAAAGACUUAAAGUACGCAACAAAAUGGGAACGUUUUUAGGGAGGCUGGAUACACUUAAUAAGAUUCUAGAUGUAUAAUAGUAAAUUAAAGAUUUUUUAUGUAAUUAAUUUAUAGUAAGAAAAAUCGUGAUGUGUCGUUCGUUUGGAGUACUUAUUCUGUGUGAGUGAAAUUUUGUUGCGUGGGAGCAUAAUUACAAUUAGCUAUCAUAUUUCUAUGUCUUUUGAAACUAGCCAAAUUCAAUUGUUAUUUUUUGGACGAAAGGGUCUUACACCAAUCGUUUAAAUGUUAAACUGAUUUCUUAAUCGCCAAAUCUCGGGACAUUUUAUUUAUAUUGAGAAGGGAGAAACGAUUUUGCACAGCCUUAAUAAUUAUCGAUCACUGCAUUUAAAAAGCUCGCACAAAGCCGUCAAUUUGUAAAUAGAAUAUAUAUCUACUAAUUAUGAAAUUUAGUUAUCAAAAAGGAAAUUCUUAAAAUUUAAGUCCGUAACAAUAUUUAUUUAUUAGUAAUGCCUUAAUAAAGCAAUUUUUCUGAUUCUUUUGAAUUUAAAUUGUACGAGAAAUUUGUAUCACAACUUUUUUUUGUUCUUUUAUUAAUUUUUUUGCUUAUCACCAUAUUUAUUUUAUAGAUAAAUCGUAUUUGGAUUUGUACAUAAUUUGCUAGAUGAAAAGAAGAAGUUGUGAAUAUUAUUGAAGUAGCUGCUUUCAUUAAACAAAAAAACUAUUGUGCUGCUUGACGCUGAGCAUCUAUUUAUAUGAAAGAAACAAACAAAAAAAAAAAACAAAAAAUGAGUGGAUCGAGGCUGUGCAAAAUAAAAAACGAGUUGAAAUUCUGUGAUGGAACACCAGUUAUGUGGGUGGGAUCGACAAUUGUCCAAAACAGACUUGUAACUCUCUGAUCUGUCCUUUACUGAAUGACGCUGCCGACGUUAGUUGUAUCAUUAAAUUAAUUAUGACGGCUAGCGACGUUUUAUUGUUCUAUGUACUGAGAGUUUCUAGAACAGAUUUUUACAUUUUUAGACAAAGGAAGUAUCGAACUUACGUGUUGGUGAUAUUUGUUGUAAAACCUAUUUCUGUUUUCACCUGAAAGUAGCGAUUUAUUCAUGACACUUGUGCCAGUGGCACGACCGAACUAUCACAUACUGUACUGCUAAUUUAUCAUCUUUAAAAGAGAAUGAGAGUGAAAAGUGUAGGCGCAACUGUGACGAUGAAUGUAUGAAGUGACGGAGGUUUUUAGGAAUAAGAUGAUAUGUACUCUUUGAAAUAUAGUAAUGGCAUAAGUGAAUCGAAA